AUGGAAGGAAGACUGAACCAUACUCCUUUCACAGCCACGAUCGGUUGGCCGCAGCCUCCGCACCUUUUCUUCUUUUUCGUCGUGCUCUUUUUCUGCAAGGUCCAACCGUUCGGAACCCUGUUUGUUCAAGCUCAGUCCCAGGAAGGUAAGCUAAAAGAGCGGUUGUAAAGCUCGAUUGCCUACUUCGCAGACCAAUCAGAUUUGGAACGUAUAGCCCUCUGAUCCCCUUGAUUAGAUUUUUCCCUCCGGCAGUCAGGCUCGGAUAUCCCGAGUGGUCUGAUUGGUCAACGCUUCCCCUAUUCCACAGUUAAUAGGUCCCGAAAAAAGUUUGCAUCAUGAAUUCAUCAUACUCCAAUGCAGGUUUCAUAAGCGUCGACUGCGGCUUCGAGGGUGGCUCGAGAUAUCAAGACAACUCCACCGGACUGGAAUACUCCCCUGACUCGCAAUUCAUCAACACGGGAGAGAACAGGAACGUCUCUGAGAACCGAUUUUCUAAGCGAUACGGAACUCUCCGUAGCUUCCCAAACGGGACGCGGAACUGUUAUAGGCUGUCGCCGGUACAAUCCGGCAACAAGUACCUGAUUCGAGCGGGAUUCCUCUACGGCAACUACGACGGCCAAGGUUCCUCACCCAUCUUCGAUCUCCAUAUCGGGGUCAAUUUCUGGACUACAGUCAAAAUGGGAUCCGCGGGUCGUUUCGUCUCCGAUAUCAUCACGGUGUCGCAGGGGGACCUCAUACAGGUGUGCCUAGUCAACACGGGAACUGGGACGCCCUUCAUAUCGGUGCUUGAGCUGAGGCCUCUCCUCAAUUUCAUGUAUCCUUUCGCAAACGCGUCCCAAUCCUUGGUCAAUCAGGAGCGCUGGAAUUACGGAACCGGAAAUCAAGUAAGGUAUUGUUAAGAUGAGUUAUCUGCUUUCGAUUCAUUAAACUCAGUACUAGCGUCUAUUAAGUUUCUUCGACCGGCCUUCAUUUACCUCUCUGAUUAGAGAGAACGAAGACGCAUACAAUCAAGCAGUGGCCUCCUGCGGGUACCCUCACAAAAACGAUAAUCAAUUUGAGUAACGGAGUAGCUUUCACCUCACAGGUAUCCGGAUGACCCUUAUGACCGCAUCUGGGACGCUGUCACCAACGAUUUUCUCGUACUCAACACCACAAACGAAGUGGAGGUGAAAGCAGGAGACGUUUUUCUAGUGCCCUCGAAGGUUCUCAGAACGGCCGUGUCUGACACAAGACCGAACUUGGAUAUGACCAUCCGGGCGGUCAGUCAGAGUCCCGGUGCGCGGAUAUACAUUGUGAUGCACUUUGCGGAGCUUGUGAAGCUAAAUUCUGCCAACGAAUCCAGGCAAUUGAAUAUCUUCGGAUUGAACGGUCAGGUGUUGUUGUUUCCGAACUACAUCGCUCCUUAUUUGACAGCAGACCACAAAGAGAUUAUGAAUGUUGCUCUUGGAGGAUCAGGAUCAUACAACAUUUCCAUCAACGUCUCUAGCUCGUCCACACACUCGUACAUGAUCAACGCCCUAGAGAGUUUUAUUGUGAGGCAAAUGAAUGAGUCGCAAACUGAUGAUCGUGAUGGUGAGACCUCCGUAAAAGUUUCCCUAUUCACUUUCUUUUAUUUCACUUUUACUUUAUCCCUUUGCUUAUCGUUCGGACACAAUUUUCACACAAUCAAGUCAAACAUCGUCAUCAUAUGAGUGCACCAUCUCUUGAGCGUGCUGAAGCCUUCUCCGCCCAAGUGGCGAGGUGGCUUUCCUUGUGUUCCUGAUGUCCUAGUCUUCAGUCUGUGAUCUUCUAAGAUGGUAAGUUCGCUUUGUGCACCAGUUUCUGCCAUUGAAGACAUCAAAAGAGUGUUCAGACUUACGGGAAACUGGGAGGCGGAUCCUUGUUCUCCGAAAGAAUAUACUUGGAAGGGAGUGAGCUGCAGCGGCUAUGGAGACUCUAGACCUGCGAGGAUCAUAUCUCUGUGAGUAGAGAUUAUACGUCUAUGUAUCUCUAAAUAUGUUCGCGGCAGACUGAUAGGAGAGAUGCUAAAAAUUUUAUUGUCAUGAAACCUCUUGAAAUUUAAGGUUUUAGCAUAGACGACCUGCAACACUAGAUUUCCUGCGUGACAGGGAUCAUUCAUCCCAGUUUAAAUGACGUUUCGACUAAACUAUACUAAACGUUUUUGUCUCUUUUGACUCUCAAACUGCAUGACCGAUGAGAUGGAUCAUAAUUCUAAUCAUGCAGGAACUUAUCAUCAACUGGUUUGGAUGGAAAAAUUCCUACUUCGAUUGGUAACCUGACAGCUCUUGCAUCUCUGUAAGCAUUGGUUUCCAUCAAUAUUACAGUUCAAAACCAAUAAUGAAAUCCUUCAUAUUUAUACAGUAUAUUUGACAUGUGAAUCAUACUAAAGAAGCUAUAAACAUUUCAUAGAUUUUUCUUUAUUCUCUCCUUAGUCAUGUGAGGUAAAUAGUAACAAUUAUUGGAACCUACCCAUUUUCAGAGAUUUGUCCAAUAACUAUUUGAUUGGGCCAAUACCGGAUAUUUUGGGAGAGUUACCAUAUCUUCAAUUCAUGUAAGUUUCCUUUUCAACCUUAUCCAAUAAUGGAUAUUGGUGGGGAGGGGGGGCUAUCUCUUAAAUUGAUGCAAGUUCCCUCGUCAACCUGAUACAAUGAUAAACUAUUUGAUGUUUGAGACUCUUAUGGAAAAUAUUUUUUAUACUCUUCUAGAAACUUGUCGGGAAAUGAAGACAUUGGGGUUGUUCCUGAAAAUAUUUGUCAGAAAAUGUUGGAAGGUAUUCUUUCCUUAAGGUUAGUAAAGUCACAUACCAGUAUUACGAUUGUGAUUAAACUUCUAAACCUUAAUGCAUAAAACUACUCAAUAAUGAAGUAUAAUUACAAUGUAUCGAUUUAUUUUUGCAAGCAUUAUUUAUGAUACAAAGAUCAAAUAACCAUUGAUGAAGGAGCAUGAUUAUUUUAGCUUCUGAUUACUUCAAAUUGGAAAUAUUAUUAGAUAUAAUAGCCAAUGCUUGUUUAAUGUUUUAUGCAAUUAAACCUAGCGAUUAAAACCAUUACCAGAAUAUUAUUGUAUAGAUUUUUAAUUUAGUUGAGACUUUCUUUCACUAACUAUCUUCUCCAAUGAUAGUAUCAAUGGUGAGCCAAAGCAAUGCAAGAGUGGCCACAACAACAACAACAAGCAGAAGAUUAUUAUUCCUAUAAUAAUAGUGGUAAUAAUACUUCUAAUGAUGUUGCUUGUUGUAUUCGUUUGGUUAAUCAAGAGGAAGAGAAAAAAAUACUCUUCUCAAGGUAUGCUAAAUUAUACAUCUUUUCCUAAGUUUAAAUAUUUUAAAUCCAAAAAAUAUUUAAUAAUUAAUAUUUUUCAUUUUUUCUAAAUUUUUAAAUUUUUUAGGUUUCUCAAAUGAACAAUGCAUUACUAGAAGUAGAACUACUGAGGAAAAUAGUUGGAAAAGAAAAAGUGUGCAAUUUACAUAUGCAGAAAUUCUACAGAUUACACAAAAGUUCAACCAUGAGAUUGGUAAGGGGGGAUUCGGAAUUGUUUAUCUCGGUAAUUUGACAGAUGGGACUAAGGUCGCAGUAAAGGUUCUUUCCUCUUCAUCAUCACAAGGAUCCAAGGAAUUUCAAUCAGAGGUAACUAAACACAAUCAACAAUCUAGAAUAUUUACAUGAUAUAUUGUUCUCUACCUACAUCAGUGGAUAUCCAUAAAUGUUGAAUUCAUUACUCAUAUAAUGAAUUUAUGACAUUUCAGGUUUUAUUGUUGUCAAGAGUGCACCACAAAAACCUGGUGUGCUUAUUGGGGUAUUGUGAAGACAUACAACAUUUAUCACUUGUUUAUGAGUAUAUGGACAAUGGAACCCUCAGAGAUCAUCUUUCAGGUCUUUCCAUUUGAAAUCACCAAAUUCUUAAUUUAUUGAAAUAGAUAGACAACCAUUUGUAGGAUGAAUAUUCUAUCAUCUAAAUCUUUGAUGCAUGGUCGAGAUAAGAUACCACUACAAUCAUUGUUAUUCUUCUUUUAGGUGAUAUUCACAAUUCAAAGCUUUUAAGCUGGAGCAAAAGAGUGAAUAUUGCUCUUCAAGCUGCACAAGGUACUUUCAUCCUACAUACUUGACUCAACUUUUUACUUAUGAAUUUUUACUUCUUUAUAGUUGAAAACAAUUGCAGGAUUGGAUUAUUUACAUAACGGAUGCAGGCCACCUAUUAUUCAUAGAGAUAUAAAGAGCAAUAAUAUUCUUUUGAAUUGUGAGCUUGUUGCAAAGAUAGCUGACUUUGGAUUAUCAAGAGCAUUUAGUAAUGAUUAUGCUACACACAUAACGACUGGUUUAGCUGGUACUCUAGGAUAUCUUGAUCCUGAGUAAGUAUUCUUUCUUAUUUUUGUUUUUGUAAUUUUUCACAUUUUAAUACCUAUUUUUGUAGAAUACUAUGUAUUAUGAAAAAAAAAUACUUGUGCAAAAAAUAUUUAACAAAAUGAACUUUUUUUCUUUGUGCAGGUGCCUAAAUUCUAAACUAAGUCAAAAAAGUGAUGUAUAUAGUUUUGGAAUCGUUCUUUUAGAGAUUAUAACUGGUCAACCACCACAUUCAAACUCCACAAAGAGGACACAUAUUGUUGAAUGGGUUCAUUCAAAGUUCCAGAGUGGGGACAUUAAGAAUAUUAUUGACCCUAUGUUGAAAGAAGAUAUUGAUAUCAACAUUGCAAGGAAAAUAAUAGAAGUAGCAAUAUCAUGUACAUCAAAAACUUCAGAAGAAAGGAUGACAAUGAGCAAUACGGUAAUACAUUUGAAGCAAUGUUUGGAAGUGAUAGAAUCACACAAGUCCUCAAUGCAAAAAUCAAAUGGCACAUUAGAUUUUGAAUCAAGUGCUCCUACAGCUCCAUCAGAUAGGUAG